UCGUGCAGACUUUCGUGCGCUGCUAUGUCUUAGAUUGAGUGUUGUUCUCUCUUGGCUUCACUUCAACUGAAGGCAGGCUUGAAAUUUAACAUAAACAUUCGUAACACUCACACUAUGAAUGGACAUCGCCACCACCUCCAGUCCGUGUUCCAGCCAUUGUGAGCCACAAUGACCUGAAAGAUCUGUCUUUUGAUCAAAUGUUGUGCACCCCGGCAACGUUAGGAUGUUAUGGUCCCAGCUUGCAAAUGUUCCAGUUUUUUCUGGUAGUUUAUUAUGUCACAAGUGCAGGACAUGGCUUACUGCAGUAGGAAUCAGAUAUGUAUCACAGUCCCAUUAUGAAACAAUGGGCUUGGAAAAGUCUGCAUCACAAAGGGAGAUUCGAGAUGCAUUCUUGUCACUUUCAAAAAAGCUUCAUCCAGAUGUAAAUGCAGAUCCAAAAAAUCACGAAAGAUUUGUCCGCCUUAAUGAAGCAUAUGCUGUAUUGAGUAAGCCUAUUGAACGCAGAGAGUAUGAUCUUACUUUGGCUGCUCACAUCUACAUGGAACAGCAGAAGAGAAAUGCAUCCUCCUCACACGUACACGGAUCAUCAGCUUGGCCUGGGAGCAACUUUGACCACAGUGAAAAUGUAGAGCAGCAGAGGUUUUGGGAUGAAACAAUUUGGACCAUGCGCAACCAAGCACGAGACAAGGAAUUUGAGAACAAACCAUAUUAUGGUUUUGGCACAAUAACACGUCUUCCUAACAGCUACAUACUCAUAGGAUGUUUCCUACUCAUGGUCACUGGAAUCUUCAUCCAUUAUUUUGCCAUCAGGAAAUCUCGAGAGGCUCACAAAGCAGUGCUGGAUGAAAAAGACAAAAAGUACUAUUCUCAUUUAGCCAAGGCCAGAACACUUGCUCGUUCUCAUGGCAACCAUCUACAGUUACAAAUCCUUAGGUCCAAAGUGAACAAGACACCACUAGAAGUUGAAGGUACUUUUCCAGAUACUGUGAAGGAUGCUUUUGUUGUUGAUAAAAAGAAGUGAGAAAUAAAUAUUCAGGUUAUGGUAUAAAAUGAGUCAACAGGACUGACAUCUGCACAAUUCACCAGCAGAUAUUCUAAAAAUACUCCAGUUUUUAUUUUUCUUGUCAACAUGAUGUAAAUUAUUGCUUUAACUCUUUAAGCCACCGUGGUUGUGUGCAUCAGUUUCUGCAUUUAUAUUGAAUGCUGCAUGAGGUGACUUUAACUUAUGUUAAGUUUCACUUUUUAUCAGUCAUUCAAUGAAAAUCAGAAAUGGGAUAGAAGAUACAGAGGAUUUGCUUUUGUUGAUAAAAGUACUUUUUCUGUUUUUAAGAGACUGGCAUAAGUAUGCUGCCAUUUGUAAAUAUGUAAGUUUCAAUGAAAAAAUGGCUGAUGGUGGGGAAGAAUAAAACACUGCAUUGAUACAUA